UGCCCGGCGCGCGCUUGUAAACAAGGCAACAUGGCGGCGACUGUGGCGGCGGCGGCGGCGGCGGCGACGCUCAGCCUCCUGCAGCGUCGCCGAGCGGGUCUGGCCGCGGUGGCGACCGCCGCUUCGUCUUCCUUCUCCUCCUCGCCGUCCGCUUGCUCCUCCUCCUCGCCGUCGUCGUCUUCUUGCUCUCCCUCGCGGCCUCUGAGGGGAUUCGCGGCCUUGCCGCCCUCGGCCGCGAGAGGCUACAGUUCUGAGGCGAAAGCGGGCGGCGAGGAGGAGCUGCGGGUGCGCUACUUGGACGACGAGCACAAAGGUGACUAUAACGGGGGUGGGGGGGGUGAGGGGCUGGAUCCUCGUCGACACGUGUCAAGGAAUCCUGACGCCCCGGGAAGGAAGCGUGUAUGAACGCAGCGGAGAGGCGCGUCUCUUUCCCUCGGGCUCCGUUUAGCUCUGCCCGUUCGCCCGCUGCGGAAAUUCCUCCUGACGCGCCAACCGGCUUGUCAAAUUAGAGAUGAUGACGUGGGACGGCUGGCCCUUUAAAUGGUGGGGGGCGGGGGCAGCGACGUGCGUGCCGGUUCAUCUCCACUGCUCAUGCGCAGCUCAAUUCCCCCAAAUGAGUUCUAGUGGAUGCUGAAUUCUGUCGUGGUGUUCGAAGGGGCUUGUUUCAUUUCAUUUCAUUUCCACUUCUUAGUUAUCUAGUUCCCACGUACACAUAGACACGAGCCCAGGGCAGGAUAUAAGGUCAGGAUGCUAGUUGCACCUUAUUGGGAGUCACUAUUAUGUGAUAGCUUUAGAUUCUCAUUUGGACUGCUGCUAGAUCUAGACCAGGCUUCCUCAACCUUGGCCCUCCAGAUGUUUUGAGACUACAGUUCCCAUCAUCCCUGACCACUGGUCCUGCUAGCUAGGGAUCAUAGGACUUGUAGGCCAAAAACAUCUGGAGGGCCGAGAUUGAAGGAGCCUGAUCUAGACCACUGUUUCCCAAACCUGGGUCUCUAGCUGUUUUGGACUAUAAAGGUAAAGGUAAAGGUACCCCUGCCCGUACGGGCCAGUCGUGUCCUACUCUAGGGUUGCAUGCUCAUCUCGCUCUAGAGGCCGUGAGCCGGUGCCGUCCGAAGACACUUCCGGGUCACGUGGCCAGCGUGACGAAGCUGCAGCUGGCGAGCCAGCACCAGCGCAGCACACGGAAACGCCAUUUACCUUCCUGCUAUAAAGUGGUCCCUAUUUAUCUACUUGCACUUAAGAGUGCUUUCAAACUCCUAGGUGGGCAGGAGCUGGGACCGAACGACGGGCGCUCACCUCGCCGCGGGGAUUCGAACCGCCGACCAUACGAUCGGCAAGUCCAGUCCUAGGCACUGAGGUUUUACCCACAGCGCCACCCGUGUCCCUCGUUUUGGACUAUAAUUAUCCCUAAUUAUAAGGGACGUGGGUGGCGCUGUGGGUUAUCCCUAAUUAUCAGGACCAGUGGUCAGGGAUGAUGGGAAUUGUAAUCCAAAAAAAAAACAACAGCUGGAGACCCAGGUUAGGGAAACACUGUUUUAGGCAGUCCUGUCAACCUAGCAGUUCGAAAGCACACAAGUGCAAGUAGAUAAAUAGGUACUACUGCAGUGGGAAGGUAAAUGGCGUUUCCGUGCGCUCGGGUUUCCAUCACGGUGUCCCAUUGUGCCAGAAGCGGUUUAGUCAUGCUGGCCACAUGGCCCGGAAAGCUGUGGACAAACGUCAGUUCCCUCGGCCUGAAAGUGAGAUGAGUGCCGCAACCCCAUAGUUGCCUUUGACUGGACUAAACCAUCCAGGGGUCCUUUACCUUUACCUUUUACCUAAUUCUAUAGAAUACAGUAGUUCUGUAUUUUGCACAUUAAAGCUGUAAUAUGGCGCACACCUUGGGAGUAAGCAGCUUGAACUCAAUGGGAUUUAAUUCUGAGUAAAGAUCAGUAGGCUUGUGCUUCAAAUUUUCAAUUCAAUACUGUAUUAAAAUCUGAAAGCGUAAUCUGGCCACUUGUGGGACAACUUGUAAUAAAGGGUGAGGAACUGCCAUCACUUCUCCAAGCCAAUGUGGGAUGGAUUGUUGAAUGAGGAUUUGGAAGAUUGGAGUCAGCUCCCUCCCUAACUGCACUUGAAGUUCACUCGGUGGAUUUGAGCCAAUCAGUAUCUUCCAGCCUAAUCUACCUCGCAGGGUUGCCAAGAGGAUGCACAAUUAUGUGUGCUGGCUUGAGCACCUUGGACAACUGGAAGGAAAUUAAAGUUAGUGAGAAUCACAAUUUCCUAGUGAUGUUCUUUUAACAUGCCACAGCCUGAUUUCAGUUCCGUUCAUAUGGCAUAAUGUACUGUCUUCUGCCACUUCAGUACUUUUAUUGCUGCAGUUACUGAGGCAGUUGAGGAUUCUGAACUCAAGGCAUGAUUAAACAUUCCUAUACCUUUUGACUUUCUUAGAGGCUUGACCAUUCCUGAUGCAUUUUUCUUCUGCUAAAAGUAGGUGGGAGGAUUGGAACCAAAGUACAUAAUGUAGAAGAAAGUUUAAAUUCGAAUGCAAGUUGUGUCCAGCGGUAUUAGCUACUGAGAGGAAAACAUACAUUGUAGGCACAGUAUUGGUUGAAUAGUUGUUUGAUUCAGAAAUGUGGGGGAGUUUUGAUUCUGUUGUUUGGGACAGUGUUCUUCUGUAUUCAUAUGGAAUAAAAGGACUCAAGUACACAAUGCAUAUAUAGGAGUAAAUCUAUGUGACCCCCAUCAAACCCACCACAUAAAAUGCAGUGAUGGAGUUUGUAGACUUUGUCCCUAGGAAAACCCCUAGGGUUAGUGAAAUAGUGCUUAUUACAUUCUUCUGUAACUAAAACUUCACAUACUGAAAUUUUAUAUGGAUGAAUAGUUUUUUAUGCAUUUUUAGAUUCAUAGCCCAGUAGCUUGGCUAAUAUGUGUUUAAUAUAACCAUAGUUUUUUUAUCUAGAAAGCCCAAAGAAAUGCAUGAGAGGAGGGGAGGAAAAGGAAAACUCUUGAAUCUUAUCUGUUAACAGUGUGAUCCUAAACAUGUUUAAUUAGAAGUUCACUGAGUUCAAUGAGACUUACUCUCUAGUAAGUGUACUUCAGCUUGCAGUCUCACUGUAAUCACCCAACCACUCCUACCCAGGAGCUCUUUCUGUUACUGCCCAAAUUUAUAAUCUCUCCUUAAGCUGCCCCUUAAAUUUGCCGGAUGUUACUGUGUCUUAAAAACAGUAAUUCUUUUUGGUUAGGCAGGUUAUUUGAAAUGUUUCUGCAUUUAAAAAUGACAUGGACAAAUGUAUUGCAUAUGGUCAGUGCCUGUUGCUUUCUGUUGACUUAACAUUAUCAACUCUGUUGUUAGUGUACACAGUAGCUUUGUUGUAGUGAUAAAGAAUUAGUAGUUAACUAAUUUUCCAAACAUAAGCUGUUGUUGGUGCUUAAAAAGAGUGUUUUCAAAUAUUUUAGUGCACUAAUUUCCAAAAUCAUACUCAUAGUAGACUCUAUAAAAUCAAUGGGUUUUAGUGGAUCUGAUUUAAUUCAAGCAAUUAGUAAUGUAGAUCAACUAGAGAGAUAAUCAUGUUUCAUGCUAAAUAACAGUUAUUCACACUAAGUAGGCUGGCUUUUUGUCAGUAGAUAACAUAGGUACAUUUUUUAAAAUGUGGGAUAAACCUUAUGCACACUACUGAUUUCAGUUAUUUUUUUCUUCCUGUAUAUAGGAAUUGUAGUACUUGGACUAAACAGAGCACAUGCAAAAAAUGCACUUAAUAAAAACCUUGUAAAAAUGGUAAGUGGAUGAAUAUUUAGUCUUCUAUGAACAUGAAGUGUUGAAAAUAAGUGUUGCUAAUUUGCACACCUUUUCUCUAUAGAUGUCAAAAGUUAUGGAAGCUUUGAAAAGUGACAAAAAAGUACGGACGGUUAUAUUCCGAAGUGAAGUUCCUGGGGUGUUUUGUGCUGGUAUGCAAAUUUAAUUUUAUUAUCCAUUUGGAAAUACAUAAUCAAAAUCAGUAGAAAUGACUGAGACUCCAAAAUUUAUUUUAGCAAAUUCAGCCUUUUUGGAUUUUUAUUUAAUUAUAUAACAUCUGCUGUACUCCUUAGAGAAAUAAAGUGCUAUAAUUUUCAGUGACACAGAAGGUCUUAGAAUUUUUUUUGAUGGGGAUGUUUCUAUAUGUUUGUUGUAUAGUCGAGUAUGUUUGGCAGUGUGUUGAGAGCACAUAUUAUUUGGUCUGCAAUGAUUCUAAGCUAAGUUAAUCAGUUUCUCUAUUGAUUAAUACUAAAUAAACUACAUUUUCAAGUUUGCUCCCAUUGAGUAUUACUCAUGGUCAAAAUUUACAGUUAUUAAAGAUCAAUAGCAUUGAUAAAUACAGAAAAUUCAUCACAGUACCUGACAUCAAGCAUUCAAAACCAGAAUGCAUGCAUGCUCUUGAACACUAUCUCGUGCUAUUUUCAGUUUAGCCAGCUAUAGGAGAGAAUUUUCAUAGUUGUUUAUACUGAUAAAUCUGUUGCACUUUUCAUAUGAAAAGUAUUGUGAACUGAACACAUGAUUGCAUGCUUUUAUUACUUUAUAAAUACCAUGUUCAUUGUGCCAUUAUGAAAGUGUGCUGAGAGUCUGUGUUCAGAUAUGUAUUCUGUGUUGCUGCUAUGACAUUGUAUACUAGUAGCUCUUUGAAGCUGGAAGGCUUGGAUAAAGCCAUGUGUCCAAAUGGGUCGUUGAUAAAUGGCAGUGCUAUGGUGGCUGUGUUGUUGGUUCAUUUUGCAGAGUGCACUUUGUGUCAGACGGGUGCAGUUUGUGCAGGUGCUCAUCUGGGGACAUUUGUUAUCUACUGGAGGUGAAGGGCAUCUGUUUGCUGUGGUGUUGCUGAAUAAGUUUGAAAAUGGACAGAAAGUCAACACCUCACCAGAUCAUUUAAUAGCUGUAGGGCUAUUGGACAAAAUCAUGUAGCACUGAAGUGGGGAGGAGAUAAGUGAAUAUCAGGUAUUAAGACUCUAUUUAAUUUCAUUUUCAUCUGAUUAAAAUCCUUUCAUUACAUUGUAUACUCAGUUUUAGGUCAUAGGAGGGGGGCUAAUUUGAGCCAAUUAGUUGAAGGCUAAUUAGCCAGCACUGAAGUAAUGAUGAUUGGUAAGAUAAGAAAUGGAUUGAGUUUUGUUGCUUUGGUGAAAGGGGCAUAUGGAGUGGGUUUGCUACGGUACAAAUAGCUAGCUUAUUUUAAUUUUAAAAUUUGUUUUAAAAAAUGUUGCCUGCUGCAAGUUCCUGAUGUAGAUAUGAUGUAUUAUUGAAAAAUGAUAAAAGCCACUUUUUCUUCAAGUUCUGACACAUGCCUUUCAUUUUAUUUUUAUUUUUCACUUGUUAAACAUGCUUUUUAUGUUCUCUUGGCAGAAGAAAAGCAUCACUAGAUUUUUGCCAUCUUUGGUUUUUAAUAUAUGUAUUAGCUAUUUCUGUACUGCGAGUGGGAUGAUUAUAUGAAACAUUUGAGUCACACUUAAUUAUGCGUACACGUGCAUUUGGUCUACAAAGCAUAAUGUUUUUUCCCAUUAUGCGGACAAGUGGUUUGUUUUUAGACUAGGUAAAAAUACUUCAGUAGCUGGUGUUCAUUUCAGUAAGCUUUUUCUAAUUGUAAGCGCAGAAGCUUGUAACAGCUGUUAGGGAGUGCUCUUCCUGAGGGAAAACUUUAAAAAAUGAAAUUUGAAACAAAAUCUGUUUUGUUGCUUGGAUAAAUUCUGUAACUUUGACACAUAUCUCGUUUAUACUUUAGGAUGGCCUUGUUCUUUACCAUUUAUAUUUUAGAUUUAAAAAAUAUGUUGCCCGCAAAUGUACCCCUGUCAAUAUCAUAGUGCUUGGAACCCUGUGGUCAGAGGUUGUUUUUCAAGGUAAUGUGGUAUCUACAUGAAGAGUUGCAUCCACCUGGUACUAAUCUUGGUUUAUUUUUUAAUGACUCAUUCUCUUCUCCAUGACACCCUGCGACAGCCCAUGACUCACCCUUAUAGAAACCAAAAGGAAUCUUUUAGUCCAGGGUUGAGAUUUUACGGCUUUCCUGAUGUUAGACUAUGACUCCGGCCAUCCUGAGAUUUAACAUUUAGGCUGUAGAGAGUUGGGAGUUUGGUAGCCACUGCAGGGCCAAGACUACCCCUCUCUGUUUUAGCUCAUCAUACUUCCUCCUGACAGCUGCCUUCACAAAAGGCUUAUGGCAAUUGCAAUAAAAGGGGUGUAUGGGCAUUACCUUCUAAUUGUUGUACUUGCUGAGUCCAGUGUGGUAUUGUUUUACAUCCCUUGUCAUUGUGUUACAUAUGGAUAGAUUUGUUUAGACCUUCUCUAAAUGAUCAAGAGUGCAUCUCUUUUUCUUGAUCCAGCAUUGACAGCUUUCCUGAUCUCCUUGGUUGCAAACUUCAUUGGUUUGAUGCUAAUCAGGGUUAGUGUUAGUUCAGGUGCAAAACUGCAUUAUGAUCACCUCCCAAAAGCGUAGGAAGGAGUGACUUGGCUUGUGAGAGUUGCAUGAUUGGCAGAAGGAGACCUCAAGGUGUUUUCAAUAUCCUAGCCAUGUUUUGGGGAUUUGGGUUAUUAUGCCUGUACCAGGCCUUUGUGUGUCAGAUCUGUUCCUUUCUUUUAUCUCUCUGUGCCUAAUGUAUGUUAAGUUCUCAGUAAAUUAUUUAUAUAAAUAUUUUCAUAUAUAAUAUGCACUGUUUGAUAAAGAGAGGUGAGUCAGGAGCCCCUGAUCUUGCCAGGAGCUAAUCAUGCACGUAGGUUUUCCUGCAAAUGCUCAAGUUGCUUUUCCUGAAAGUAUAAAUGAUGCCAUUUAUGGUUUCUUUGAGCUGAUACUACUAUAAAACCUGAAUAUGAUUGUAACCAGACAAUUUCCUUUGCAGGUGCUGACCUUAAAGAAAGAGCCAAAAUGCACUCUAGUGAAGUAAGCUCUUUUGUCUCAAAAGCAAGGGCAACUAUUAAUGAAAUGGGUAAGUGAAAAUCUCAUUGAUCAUAGACAACAGUAUAUUAUUAAUAGUUUGUUUCGAGUCUCAGGGUUUGAAGGUUUUAUGCUAUAUGAAAUGCUCUGUCCAGAUAUUAUGAAAUCAUAAUAUGAGAGUUAAUGGUUUAUGCAUAAAGCUUUGAUGUCUUUCCUUUUAGGAAUAACCCGGAUUCCCAAAACUCAUUCAAAAUGUAUACCUUAAUAAAACAACCACUAAUGUAUUAUUAAAUGCUAGCUUUUUUUCUUUUAAAUCCUAUUUUAUGAGUGUACAGUUCUAAAACAUUAAGAAAUGUAUAAAACUAAUUCAAUAUUUCACCUUCUUGAAAUAAUAGCAAUUGAGAAUGCAUCACUAUCUGGAUAAGUUCUAAUAUUGUCCAGUAUUGGGGAAACCAUUGCUCCAGAAUCUCUUGCACUUCUGUAAUAAGGUAUUUUUCUGAAAUAAGAGUUCUAGCUCUUUGGGGUAAGAAGUUAAAUAGAAUGUCCACAUUCACAGGUUGUGUUUUUAACAUGUGCCCAAUCACACGCACACACUUGCAUGGAUGCACCUCCAGAAGUGUUUUUCCUCUGAUCUUGCACCCACAGUUACAGUGUGUAAUAGGGAGGUUCCUCUAUAUGCAUGUAGCAGUGAGUACAUUCAAAGUGAGUACAAAUACAGAUGAGACCCACACACAAGAUGGUGCCUGAAACACAGCUUAUAAGAUUAGUUAGGCAGAAAAGAAAGAAGGCAGAUAAACACAGAGAUGGGAAAAACUACUGUUGUCAUAUAAGGAGAAAUAAAAGUGCUAAGAAUCUGGCAGGAUAUGAGGGAGAUCUAGAUGCUAAGGGGCAAAUUCGAAACGUAAAUGAUUCUGGGUUUGGGCCACAGGAAGGUGUAGGACAGAAGGUUAAGAGAAUAAACAAAGGAUCCAGUUUAUAAUGUAAUUUGGUACUUCACCUGAAGUAACAGCAAUUGAGAAUUAGGAGGCACGUAUGCAAAGUCAGUAGACAUUCAGAUAAGAGCUAUACAGGCAAGUUGUGUCCUGCAAAACUACAGUUUAAUUUCUAAAUGCUGAAAAGGAGAUGUGGCUUGAAAGGGAAACACAAGGCCAUGUCUUGCCUUUAGGUUUCUAACUAAAGCAGAGAAAAUAACAGAUACAGAGGACAAACAAGGGUAUGAAAUAGAGUAGGUAGAAAAGGAAGGCUGACUGAGACAAAGGAAUAGAAUAUAAUCUGCGAUACUCUGAGUUUCCCACCAAAAGAUAAUUAGGUCAUAGUAGAAAAGUAUAGGCAGGUUCCAUUUUUAAAAUUGAAGAGAGAUCCUAGGACGGCAUCCUAGGCUUUCUUCGGGAGUUUUGUGUGCAAACUCUGGAUGUAGUCACAAAGCUUUACUAAUUCUACUGACUGGCAAUUAUCUUGCUGGAACAGACAAUACUUUCUUGACAGUAUUCUCACCAGGACUAUUCUGUGACCGUAUAAAAGCGUAUACUUAUGCUGACUGUGUGUAGAUAUAUUUGCAUAUUUCUGGAGUUCUUACAACCCCGUAGGGAACAAUGGUAAAUUCACCUCCUGCUUGAUAGCUAGUUCACUGUUCACUUCCUCUGUUCUGCUGGAUAAGUACUUGCUUUGCAGUUGCUUACAAAGCAAGCCUUAAAAGAUGAGGUGUUAAGGAGUGUAUUUAAAAUGACAGCAAACCAGAAAACCUUGGUAACAGUAUACAUUCUUUUAAACUGCUUUUUAAUUGUGUUUUUUAAUUAUUAUUUUUUUAAAAAUAGUUUUUAUGUAUUUUGGGGGGGUUCUUUGGCAGUUUCUGUUUAUUUUUGAUUAUGUAUUUUGUCUUUUUAUAUUGUAAUUUUAUCUUGUGAACAUCCCUGAGAACUGCAGCUAUAGGGUGGUAUAUAAAUUGUAAUAAUAAUAAUAAUAAUAAUAAUAAUAACAAUACUUUAUGCCUUAAACUGUACUAAAAAGUAUACCAAAUAGCUUGGGUUUUUAUGAAGGAUUGUUAGUCACUAGUACUCUAAAUUAUAGCACUCCUGUUGGAAAAAUAUUUCAAAUGUUGCAGUAAGAUGUUGACUUUUUACGUCAACAGAGUUGGUUCUUGUCCAUACAUCAUUUCUCUAGAUUGUGUAUUUGUUGUUUAAUUGCUAUUAAAAGUAAGCUGUUAGAUUUCGUAUGUCUUUUUUAAAAAAUUGAGUCUGCAUCCACUAUUCUACUGUUCAUAAAUGAUGGAAAUUACUGAGUGAGUUUGGAUGACCGUGUCUGCUUAAUAACUGGAGAUAGGAGCGAGGCUUUUGGCUGUAAACUCCUUUGCUUGAUAGAGAAGCAAGCAAGCAAUAAACUAUAGUUUCCUGUUUUGGAACAAACCAGAAUAUUAAGCCAACUUCAAACUAUCAUUUACUAUUCUUGAUCUGAAGCUGUUAACAUUGUUUUCUAAUUCAGACAAAAUGGAAAACUCCAGAAAACGUCUUGGCUUGUUCUACUCACUUGUGUGAAAGGAGAAUGGGCUGUGUGUAUAGCAAGAAGGCUAAUUCAUACCUAGGCUUGUUAAGUCAAUAUAUGAUUGUCAGAAUGCAGCCUUUGAAUACUUAAGAUCCAAGCAUUUUCUAACAAUCAAUAUCUUACAAUUGUUUGCUGUUUUGUGUUUUCCCUGCAUUGCUACUUGAUUUUAUUUCUUGUUAAAAUACUGGUGUUUUGCUAAACAUCACUUUGAUAUAAAAAUAAGCAUUUUGUACUGAGCUGGAAACUAUAGAUCCUGGACACUGAGACUGGGGUAAAAUAUCAAAGCCUGCUAUUUUUGGUAUUGCUUUUUACUCUAAAAUUAGAGAGGCGCUCUUUGCCGCACAGGAACACCAAGACUAAUUGUCCACUUUCAUUUUCUGCAUUGAGAUUUCCAUUACUGAUGCAGGUCUGCACUUAAUGUUAAAAGUACUUGGUAAAACAGAACAUUAAUAGAUCAUUCUGUUUACAAUAUCCAGUGAGGAAACAUUGCUUAUUUGAACCUCUGGAGAAAUAAUUCCUCAGAUCAGUCCUGCAGUUAGUAUAAAUAAGUCAAAACAGCAGCCAUGAUCAACUUUGAUGUGGGUUUUAAAGGAAAAUUAUUGACACCUUAAAAUAUUAGGGAUGUUAAAAAUGAUGAAAAAUAAACGGGGAUGGAGGAGAACUAGGCAUUGUAAGUGCUGGGACACAGGACAGCAAUUCAAGCGGGCCAAAGCAGCACAGAUCAAAAUGCUAGAAGCCACCAAGGCAAGUGCUUGGUCUUAGAGAAUGGCAUUAAUAUAGCGGGUUUAAUGGAAAACUGGUGAAAUUGAGAAAACCUGUGGGACACAGUUAUCUCUUGAUAUAAACUCUAUAGGAAGGACAGAGAAGGACAUACCGGAGAUUACCGUAUAUACACGAGUAUAAGCUGACCCAAAUAUAAGCCGAGGCACCUAAUUUUAGCACAAAAAACUGGGAAAACUUAUUGACUCGAGUAUAAGCCAGUUCACCACACCACAAACCUGGUGGUGGUGGCAGCAGCAGUGGAGGAAGAAGAAGCAGCCCAAAAGGGCUGCUUUUGGGCUGCUCGUUCCACUGACAGCAGCAAAGGCAGAGGAGAAGGAAGGAGCAGCCCAAAAGGGCUCCUUUUGGGCCGCUGGUCCCUCUGCCGCUCGCAAGAGCACAUCACCUCUCCCAACUGCGGCUCCUGUGCCUGCCCUUGUGAGAGGCAGGCAGCGGCAGCAGGACUAGGGGCAAGAAAGGGCUCCUUUUGGGCCGCUCGUCCCUCCUCCUCCGCCACCCAUCUCACUCGAGUAUAAGCCGACGGGGGCUUUUUCAGCAUAAAAGAUGUGCUGAAAAAGUCGGCUUAUACUUAGUAUAUACGGUAUGUAGCUUUGUGUGUCAGAGAGAGCAUUGAGUCCAAGAAGCUAGAAAAGCCAAAAGGGUCAGAAAAGCCAAAAUCAUACCUAGCCCCAAGAGUAAUUUAGUACUGGGAAUGUGCUAUUGCUGUGCCUCUGAUCAAAAUGCUCAGGGAGAUCUUGAGAUGAAGAAUGAAUUCAAGGAAGCAUCCCCCAAACAAAACAUUGUAGUAAUGGGUGACUUCAACUACCCUCACACAGACUGGCUAACAUUUCUAUAUACAAUGGUACCUCGGGUUAAGAACUUAAUACAUUCUGGAGGUCCGUUCUUAACCUGAAACCGUUCUUAACCUGAAGUACCACUUUAGCUAAUGGGGCCUCCCACUGCCACCGCGCCACCACCGUGUGAUUUCUGUUCUCAUCCUGAAGUAAAGUUCUUAACCCGAGGUACUAUUUCUGGGUUAGCAGAGUCUGUAACCUGAAGCGUCUGUAACCCGAGGUACCACUGUACUCUAAAUCAGUGAUGGCCAAAUUUGGCCCACCAGCUGUUUUGGGACUACAAUACCCAUCAUCCCUGACCACUGGUCCUGUAAGCUAGGGAUGAUGGGAGUUGCAGUCCCAAAACAGCUGGAGGGCCAAGGUUGGCCACCACUGCUCUAAAUGAUUGUGCCCAACCAGAGGGCAAAAUUUGCUAUAUGUAGUGUCAGUUUGAGAUUUCAAUUUGCUGAUUAUUUGGAUCAGUUUUAACCUCUCCUGCUGAUGCACAGGAUGUGGUUGAAGGUGUAAAGGCAGCUAGCUGUGACUGUAGAAACAUUCCUUUGUUAAUAGUCUCUCUCUCUCUCUCUCUCUCUCUGUGUGUGUGUGUGUAACUUAAAAAAUAAGGUGAGAAGUACUGAAUUGCGAAUAUACUCCCUUUUGUGAAAUAUUUCUAUCAAUGAGGAUUAACACUGUAAAAUACUUAACAGAUUGAAAUCUGUCAUGGAACAUUGGACUGUUUUCCAGACAUGACUUUGAUUUACUGCUGCUUCUAAUUUAAAAUAUAAUUCAUUUAUCUUUUUUAAAUAAAUGAUUAUGUAUUGUGAGUUUACUGAACAAGCUAAGUUUUGUCCUCUUCCCCACCUAAAGGAGCAGACCCAAGUUUUUGUGAAAUUAAAUCGCAAAGGAAGUUAUUCUUUUCAGCUCAAAGUCAUGGUUUUUCCAGUAACAAUAUAAAAUCAAUAGUAGCUGGCUUUACCAACUUCGAUUUUUAAGAGACCAUUAUUGACAAACUAUUUUUGCAAACCUUGGGAUUUGGCUAUGUAGCCUCUCCUAUGUUACAAGUAGGCAACUUCUCAGUUAUAUCCUCACCAGUGUAUUAACAGAUCCAGCAACUGUUUCAUAGGAAUGCUCAAGGAUUUUGUUUGUUCUGGAUUUUGAAGUGAGCUGACAUGAUUUACUCUUCCUGGAUAUAUGGCAGAUUGGAACAUUUUUUUCCUUUGGUUUUUACAUAUCUCUGAACUUUAUGAUACAGUUCUUUUCUUUAAAAAGUAUCAAGAUUUGUAUCAUGAAAUAAUGCAAAUUUUGUGUAGUUUUUAAACAAAGGCAGUUUGAUGCUGAAAUGGGAUGCGAUGAACUUAUGAAUGAACAUGUGCGAAACUGACACAGACUGGAAACAAACUGAUCAUCCUUCUGUAGUUGCAGCUGUUGCUUAUUAUGGUGAAAAGCAGAGUCAACUGAAUACUGCACGUUCACUUACCUUGAAGUUUGAAAUCAUCCUACCAUUCAGUGUUGCGUUGCUGUUAGCAUUCUGAAUGUCUUUGUGGUCAGAGUUUAGAUUACAAUUGAGAUACUGUAUAGAAAAAACAGGCUGCAUAAUUUGCCUACAGAAACAUUUUUUCACUGAAUCAACUUUGUGUUACGAAAAAAUUGCCUUGGGGGAUGAAUGAAGUGCAUUAUGCAAAUAAUUCCAUAUCUUUGUUUUGUUAAUUGUUGUUUUACCUUUCAGCUAACCUUCCAGUACCAACUAUUGCUGCAAUAGAUGGCAUUGCAUUAGGUGGCGGCCUAGAAUUAGCUUUAGCCUGUGACAUAAGAGUGGCAGGUAAGGCUUUCUCUUUUUUUACAGUUAACACUCAAUAUUGUAGGAGGUUUGUUUAACUGUUACCAAGGAGAGCUUGUUUUUUUCAAUACUGAAAAUUUUGAACAUUAAGAUGACGCAGUUCUUAAGCUUAGCGUUUUUCUCUCGCUUUGCUAAAGGUUGCCCUUUCAUUAGGUUCUUACUCUUUGGAGAGCAUCUGGAGUAGAUAAACUCACUGUGGUUGGUAACUUUUGGCACUGUAGAUAACAAGCUAGUUAGAGGAUAAGGGGGCAGGCUUAAUGGUGCAAUCCUGUAUAUGUCUAUAUGGGAAUAAGUCCCACUGAAUUCAAUUGGACUAAUUCCCAUAUAAGAGGUUAUAGCAUUUCAGCAUAAGAUGCUGGCUGGAAAGCCUUUCCCAGGCAGUUGUCUACCUGAAUUGCCACAUAUUACUUAGUUGUGGGGGGAAACCCAAUGAGACUGCAGUCCUGUACAUGGAAUAAGUUCCAUUGAACUACUUGGGGCUUGUUUCUGAGUAGGCAUGCACAAGAUUAAGCUGAAAGUGCUCUUAGUGUUUCCCUGUAAUUCUUGAGAGGAGAAAGAACACUGAAAACAGCACCAACAUUGCCAGCUGUUCCUGCUUCACCAGCUAAAAAUGGUCCCUUUCUUCAUCCCCCUGGCAUACCAUUUUUUCAUCAUUAAAAUAUAUAUACUUUUUUGGCAACGCACAUAAAACUGCAAGUGCAUAUGUUAAAUAAGUGUAAGUUGUGAGUGACCUGUACUCCUUUCAUUGUUUUGCCUUCUUUUGUUUCCUUUUAUAAUUAGCUGAUUGUAAGUCCUUUAAUAACAAUUAGAGAUACUUGGUUCUUAGACAGUUCUAUAAACUGCUCUAAACUUGCAGAUUAGGGAAGACUACAAAUAUAAUCAUUAAGGCGUAUCCCUUGACUUUUUAAAAUAUAAUCACUGAUCCUGCCCUUUUUAUACUAUUCAAGAAUAAUAGAAUUACCAGAAUCACAUCUGGAUCCCUGGACUCUUCCUGUCAAGGAGCACAAAAUAAGUGGGAUUGUCCCAUUUUAUUCACACACUGUUUUAUUUAUUAAAGAGAUUUCUUCCCCUCCGUUUCUCACAACUAUAAUGUGAAAGUACAUUAGGUGGAGAAGCAAUGUGUUGCUCAAGGCUACCUAGUCACCAUUACAGCUGGGUGGGGAUUUAAAGUUAACCUACUUUUAACAUGUCACACUGGCUGCCAAAAGAUUAUGGCAAACACUCUUCUCUUAACAGAUCCUGAAUAGGAUGCAAAAUACAUAGCCAUGCUUCUCUCUUAUGAUGGAGAUUAUUACUGUCCUGUUAGCUAGUGUUCUUCAUCCUGCCCAUGUCAUAUGUGUUUCACUUGGUUCACUUGUCAAGCAGAUCUGCCUUCUAGCUUGCUAUACAUAUUGUUCUCAAGUCCAAACAAUCCUGAGUAGUUGUACGUAUAUAUGGGAUUGCACUCUUCCUGUAUUGAAGAAGCCUGGACUAAUGAACAAAAUACAUCCUGUCUGUUGGUUCGGCAGCCCUCCAUCUUUCACACAGAAACAUCACUGAUGUUUAAAAAGAAAAGAAAAAGUGUAUUUCGCAAGACGGUUCCAACUUACAAGCAUAUUUAUUCAGCGUGGUGUAAUGUAUGCAUAUUAGGAAGUUCCUGCCUAUUGAUAUCAGGCAGGUCCCUUUGCUGUAAUUUUUUAUACAUAAAAAUAUAUAAAUGCUUCUUUAAAUACUUUUUUUAAAAAAGCAGAUUCAGUGCAUCAACCGCUUAUUUCAUAUAGGCUUCUUUUUUCUAAAGCCACAUGCAGAUUUUAUAAGAACUAACAUUGGUCUGUUUAUUUGUUUGUUUAUUUUAAGCUACUUCUGCAAAAAUGGGUCUUGUUGAAACGAAGUUAGCUAUCAUUCCUGGUGCAGGUAUGAAAUCUUCUCAUAGUAAUAUAAUAAGCUUCGGUUGUUAUAUGUGUCUUUGGUUUUGUUGGUAAAUUAAACCUUUUAAAAAUUAAAAUGUAUUUCUUUUAAUAUCCUUUGAAACACAUCGAAGCUAUCUCUGGGGUGUUUAAGCAAGGUUUUAGAAAUCAGCUUACAUUUUACACAGAAACUGUUUGGUCACCUCAUAGGAUGACCUAUGUUGGGAGAAAGACAGGGAAUAUGUGUCCCUGUUAAUUUUCCUCUGCCUCUCAACAGCUUUCGAUACAACCAGGGUAUAUUUCUGGAGCAGUUGGCUGAGUUAGGGUUGGGUGGCACUGCCUUGUGGUGGUCUGGGUCCUACUCAGAUGGUCAUUUCCAGAGAGUGAUGCUUAGGACGUGCUGUUCGGCCCCAGGAUAGGUUAAGUUUUUAUCACACAUUUUUUUAACAUCCCUGUUGUUUGGAUUCGAACCGCCAACCUUCCGAUUGGCAAGCCCCAGAGGCUCAGUGGUUUAGACCACAGCGCCACCUGCUCCCAUAAGAUGAUGUAGAUGAAAAUUCUUUAUAUUUAAAUCAGUUUUAGGGGAAAGGAGAACUAGUUUUUGAAGUGAAGAAUGGAAAUUCACUAGAGAGAGAGAGAUGAUCAGUGGAAUCCUGGGCAUGUAAGCACUUAUCAGGGUUCUGUGUUUUUCUGAUUAUUAUUCCCUUUGGCUGCAUAGAUGUCCAUUACUGGUGGCUAGUUGUUGUCAAUAUUAAAGGUGUGGUACCAGCUGCUUUAUAGAAUCACUGACUAUUGUCAUCUUACUACAGUUUGAAGAAGCAUUAAGUCAGUUAUAAUCCUGUUUAGUUUUAUUGGCUAAAUGUAAGAGAGAGAGAGUGUGCUUCUGUUGUGUGUGUGUAUAUAUAUAUAUAUAUGUAUGUAGAAAAAUUUGGAAACAUUUCUCUUCUCCCUACUACAACUGAAGUGUGUGGCAUUUUACAUUUAUCAACCUGACCGAUGAAGAGUUUGAGAUCUUAAUUUUUCAUUUUCAGAUAAUAACAAAAAUCUGUAUUAUCAAAUUGAAGUUUGCAUGUUUCUGUGCAAGAUCCAACUAACUGUAGAUUCUGGCAUCAGAAUCUGAGAUUUAUAUAAGGGCUUAUUUUUGCAAUAAAAUGUUGUUUCUCAGCUUUGCCAGUCUGCUGAAUAUUUGGUUUUGUUUGAAUUUAAAAUAUUAGGUAAUAAUUAUUUUAUGUUUCUUUUUAAAUAAAUAGCCUCCAGGGAAAUUGUUAAUAGUGUAGAAAGCAGAUGUUUGAACAGCCACCCUGCUUUCCAAGUAAUUAAACUAAGUAUUCACAUUGUUAAUAGAAACAGGUGGAUUAGUUCUGCUUCUGUAAAUUACAGAGAACUGUGGUUUGUACAUCCUUUUUUUAAAGAAGUAGUUAAAAUAAGACUUAAUUCAAAUGAAUCUCUUUUUAAUUCACUUGAUAAAUAUUUCUAGAGAUGAUGCAUCAGAGACACAAUAUGAAUAUUGGAGAACAAUAUUAAAAUCUUGGUUUUCAAAGCCUAAUCUAAUGCAUAGUAUUUUGAUCUGUCACUUGGUAUGUGUGAACUAGGGUCAAUAUAUGCUGAAGUUGUAAACCACUUUGUAUAUAUAUAUUUAUAGAAAAGUGGUAUAUAAAUAUUUUAAAUACAUUAUCUAGAAAAGCUUUUAGAUAUGAGUUGUACUUUGUAAGUGAGAGACUGUUAAUCUGUAAAUGCCUCUGGCCUUCUGGCAAUAAGGACAUCUGGCAGUAUAUACCGUAUUUUUUGCUCUAUAAGACUCACUUUUUUCCUCCUAAAGAGUAAGGGGAAAUGUGUGUGCGUCUUAUGGAGCAAAUGCAGGCUGCACAGCUAUCCCAGAAGCCAGAACAGCAAGAGGGAUUGCUGCUUUCACUGCGCAGCGAUCCCUCUUGCUGUUCUGGCUUUUGAGAUUCAGAAUAUUUUUUUUCUUGUUUUCCUCCUCCAAAAACUAGGUGCGUCUUGUGGUCUGGUGCGUCUUAUAGAGCGAAAAAUACGGUAUUUCCUUUUCCAAACUCUUGCUUGCACUGUGGUUAGAGUAGGUAAGAUACAGCAGAAGUCUUCAUGUACUACUCUUAAACCAAAUGUGAAAGAAUUUAGCCUCUGUGCAUGCUGGGGGAUUUGGGAGAAAGGCAGGCUCUUAAUGUGCAUUUGCUGAGAUUUGGGGGGGGGGGGGGAGUAAGAAACAUAAUGAUUUGUUCCUAUUGAUAGUCUUUUCUACCUCCCAAAUGAAAGGAAGCCCCAACUCCACCCAACCUAUGCACAUGGCAGAUGAUGGCGGGGGUGGGAGUGAUGGGAAGCAAUUGGUGGAAACUACAUUUGGAGGCUUGAUGGCAAGCCAAGGUAAUAUUUGUGACAUCCUGAUUAUGAAGCUUUUGUUAGAUUAACCCCUACCUCUGAAGAAGGGUUUAUUUGUACACAUUUGAUUGUGUAAAAAGUAAAGUGAAACAUUUUUCAAACUGCUGUGUGCUUAUCUGUAUACUAGUAAAUGUCAAUUUCUUGAGUAAAGUAAGACCAGCUAGUCGGACUUGUUUCUGGUUGAAUUAUAUCAGCAGCAUCUCUUAAAUGAUAUGUUAUUCCUUAAUGUUCGCAGAUCUGUCAUUAUGGACAGAUGCCUGUGUUCAUAUUAUUCACCAUGCUAUUCCCACAGAUGUCUUGAGAACAGUGGACUUAAUUAUUAUUUUUCUAAAACUUUUUCUCAGUUUAAUAAAGUAAAGCAAUUUUUGUGCUUUUUAAAAAAUGGGUUUAGUUUGACUCCAAAAUUGGAUUAUAGAAAAAUAUUUUAAACAAGUUAUUGUCCCUAAAAGUAAAAAUUUGAAUCAUUGAUUUUUGAGGCUAUGUAUUGGAAUGUGAAAAUAGUAUAAAAUAGCUUUUUCUAAGUGAAAAAUCUGAAUAGAAAGCGUGUGUGUGUGUGUGUGUGUGUGUGUGGUUCAACAGCUGCUUACAGGAUGCUAGUAUUCUGCUACAUGAAGACUUUCAGCUAAUCUACUCUCAUAGGACGAUUUUCCGUUCUUUUCCCACCCCAUUGAAAGUAGGUCACUGGUUUGGGGCGCUGGUCCAAACUAUGAGAUUUAUUUGGUGGUCAAAACACACAGUCAUAGAAAUAAUGAUGCACUGGCAGCAAGGCCACUUCUUAUUUCAUGAACAUAACACCAAGUGCCCUAGAAAUAAUUUAACCAUUGGCCUGUUACUAAUUGCAGUCCAUCAUUGCUACAUGUCUGGAAAUAGUUGUCUUGUUAGCUGAUUAUAUUCCAUCUUUGUAUACUCUACAUAGGGUAUUUGAGUCUUAUGAAAGAAUCAUUCUUAUGGCAGCUUAUAAAAAGCAGCUAGCUGCUUGAUUAGAGCAAAAUUAUUGUUAGUAAUGCAUAAGAUUUAUGCUCUCGCUAUAUUUAUCUUGGGAAAGUGUUCUUGAUGCUUUUUUAAACGUAUAGAUGCAGUAUUAAGAGUGGUUGGAAAGCCAUAAAUUACACAAUACUGUACAGUGGUACCUCGCAAGACGAAUGCCUCGCAAGACGAAAAACGCGCAAGACGAAAGAGUUUUCCGUUUUUUGAGUCGUUCCGCAAGACGAAUUUCCCUAUGGGCUUGCUUCGCAAGACGAAACGUCUUGCGAGUUCUGCAGUUUGUUUCCUUUUCUUAAAGCCGCUAAGCCGUUAAUAGCCGCUAAGCCGCUAAUAGCCAUGCUUCGCAAGACGCAAAAACUGCAAGACGAAGAGACUCGCGGAACGGAUUAAUUUCAUCUUGCGAGGCACCACUGUAUUGAACAAAAUACUGUAUUGAACACAAUACUGUAUUGAACACAACCUACCUUGUGGAAUUGCCUUGAGUUCCUCACCACUCAUUGUAUUAAUUAGCAUGGUACAUAUCAGAGGUGGAUUUAGAGCAGCAGUACUGGUUCCGCUGCUUUGGGUGCUGAGGCUAGGGGGCAUCGCAACUAUGACAUACUGGUACUAUGAGUAGAAGAAAUACAAUAUGUUGUUUAUUCCGUAGCUAUGAAUUUCUUAGUUGUACUCUUUACAUGAAUUAUAACUUGUACAAUGGCACCUCAGGUUAAGUACUUAAUUCGUUCCAGAGGUCCGUACUUAACCUGAAACUGUUCUUAACCUGAAGCACCACUUUAGCUAAUGGGGUCUCCUGCUGCUGCCGCGCCGCCGGAGCACGAUUUCUGUUCUCAUCCUGAAGCAAAGUUCUUAACCUGAAGCGCUAUUUCUGGGUUGGUGGAGUCUGUAACCUGAAGUGUAUGUAACCCGAGGUACCACUGUACUGCUUUAACUUUUGAUUUAUUUUUGAAUAGCUGUCUUUAGUUGUAUGCCCUACUGUGCUUUUCUCCUUAAUGUGCCUUAACUUCUGGUCAGGGUUAGAUUUAGGUUUACUUUCAUGGAGAAUAAUUUGAGGUGCUUAAAAACUGUUCAUAUACGUAUUUGGUGAAAAUUAGCAUGGUGGAGCCCAGACUUGUGAAAGAGUUGAGUGCCCAGAUGCCAGUAUCUUCCUACAUACACAAAAGCGUAAGGCUUCCCUUAGACCAGAGUGGCUGGGGAGUGGUUAACCAGUGGCUUUCCAUUUGUUGCUGAAUUACAACACUUGUCGCCCCAGCCAGCAUGGCCAAUACUCAGGAGUGAUAGGAUUGUGGUUCAGCAACAGCUGGAGGGACACAGGUUAGCCACCCUGCCCUAAAAAUCUGUAAUCUGCCUACUCUAGGACUUUCCAGUGUCAGUACGAACUCUACAGUGACUGCAAGAUUGCAAACCUUACUAAAGGAUUUGCCACAAUCUGGGCUGGGAGUGCGUCCAUCAGAACUCCCACCUGAGAACUGCCAUGGAGGUGCUACAGGAACUGGAAGAAUGUGGGACUGUCCUAGUCUGCAAAAGUGCUUUCUGCUCUGCAGGAAAAAAAGGAAUGAAAAGAAGAGAGGAGUUUGCAGCGUGCUUGGUACCAGUUUCCAAGCCACAAGUGAAUAUUAUGGGGUUUUUGGGUCCUGUUUCCCCAACCUGCUCUGUUCUGGGAGGAAGGAAAGAAGUUUAAAAUGGUGAGAAUGUUGAGGGAUGUUGGAGUAAAUAUUUGACUAAUUGCUGAGUCAGUUACAGUUAAAAGAUUAUUCUCCACCUCCAUUGUUUCUUGAGAUGGAACUAAACAGUAAUAAUCCCCCAACCUCUAAAUGGCAAUGGUGCAGAGGAUUUGAAUGUCCACUGCUUCUUUUAUUUCCAUACUGACUUAUCCUAAUUGACUAUUUAGUGGAUUAAGAAUUAGUGGAAACGUAAUUGUCAUGCUGGGGCAAUAGAAAUGUUUGCCACAAUUGGAAACUUGCACUUUUAGGUUUAAAAAUAAAGUAGCAUUGUUUUAAAGAAAUAUAGCCUUCCUAUUCCAUUCAGUAAUGUCGCACUAUUAAAAAAUUAACAGUACUCAUCUGCAAUAUCUUGAUGGAUUGUCUAUUCUAAGUAGUUACUUUAUAUACUGGGUGUAACUUCCUUUUUCUGAUUGCGGUUGGCAGGAAGUACACACUUUUUGUACAUUAUCACUGCAGAUCAUGCAGCAGAUACACUAUCAGACUGUGCUUGAUUGAAGCUGAUAUGACUCUUUAGAAGGCUUACUGGCCUGUUGCUUAAUAAUAACUAGAAUUUGCACCUGUAUCUGUUGGGCCAAAUACCAGCUUCUGUGUUUCUCUUAAUUAUUUAUGAGAGAGCUGCUUAAUGUAUUAAAAGUGAAUAGGUGAAUUAAUCCAUAGGUAUUUAUUCUGGUACCACAUCAGUGUCUUUGUAUUUUGUUUGCUUUCUUUAAAAAAAAAUCUGUGCUAGGAUGUUGGUUGCUGGGUAGUUGUGACCUGAUAGAAGAGCUGGGCACUGCCAUUCCACACAUAUAGGGAGAUUCAAGAAUGAGGCUAGGAGAUUUUGUGGCUAAAGAUUCCAUUGGCUUGAGCUUCUCUUUGAAUGCUGAUUUGCUUCUGGUUGGUGUCAUAGGGGCAUCUUGCCCAUUUUGUUGGAUACUUCUUCGUUUGUUCAGACUGAGAGCAUAGACAGAAUCCUUGAAGAGAUCAAGCAUAUCCUGUGUGUGCUCAGGCCAUGAGGCAGGUCUUCUGAACCUGUGAAGUUUGCUUUUGAACCAGGUUCAAAUGACCUGCAACAUCACCAAUGAUUUCUGUACUUAAAAUUCCUCCCCUUGGAAAUUUCAAGAAUUAUUAUGCAUACCGUUCUAGGGAGGCCUCCUUCCAUUGCAAAUAUAUUUUGUUUCCAGUAAUAUAAAGGCUCAUUUACCAUUUUGACAGAACAACAUGAUUUUCAGCUUCUCGUUCCUGUAUAGGUAACAAUAGUCUAGACUGCAAGCUGCUCCUGUUUCACAGAUUUUUGUAUAUUUUAAGUAUUUUUGGAAAUCUGAGAGCAGGUACCUGUUGGCUGGUUUAAGUGGACAGAUGAAGUUUGGCCAGUUAAGUGUAAUGUGUAGCUGGGUUCCUUUUAAUUAUUGUACGCCAUUCUGAUAACCCUUAUAGUGGCCGAUGUGGGGUAUAAAUGUUUGUUAGUGGCAAUACUUGGUUAAGCUAAAUUACUGCAGAAUCAACGUUUGCACUUCCUCUCUUGUUUUUCCUAAACCACAGGAGGGACGCAAAGGCUACCACGCACAAUUGGAGUAUCUUUGGCAAAAGAACUUAUCUUUUCUGCACGUGUAGUUGAUGGUGAAGAAGCAAAAUCAAUAGGAUUAGUCGGUCACGCCGUGGAACAGAAUGACGCAGGAGAUGCUGCUUAUAGAAAGGCGUUAGCUCUGGCAAAAGAAUUUUUACCUCAGGUACAAUCCAAACUGAGAGAGUUGUUUAAAUGAGCAAUUACUUUUCAUUGAAGUGGAGUGGAGAAAAGAACGGGGGAAAAGCUAAAAACGUGAUUGCUACAAACCAUAAUUAAAUACCAUAAUUAUUAAACAUAUAGAAGCCCAGAUUUAUCAGUUCCUCAUGGUACUACUUGAGAACUUUCUUAAGCAUUUCCUCCUUCUGCCAUUAUUAUACCUGUGUUUUAAAUCCAUAUGUAUUUUUGUUUGUUGUAACUUUUACAAAGUUUAAGGCUAAAUUUUAAAGAUUACUGUUAUGUUUAAACCUUCCAUGCAUGUUAUCCAUGCCUAGCCGUGUUUGUUUCUAUGAGGCUGUCAGUAGAAUUCUCACUAUGGCAAUUUUUUGUUAUUUCUUUGUCUCUAGAAUUUCCUAUUCAGUUUUCCAAACUAAAAUCUACAGAUUCUCUGCAUGAACAAAAAGUAUUGAACAGGCACUUUGUAAUUGGAGGCUCAAAUUCUAAACACAAGCAAAUUCCAUUAACUGAUGGGAUUUGCAUGCAUGUAAAUGUGUUUAGGUAUGUAGCUUUACAUAUUCUUUAAAAAAUGUAUUUUAUACAUAUUUAUAAUGAAUUGUCUAUUUCGUUACUUUCUGGUCUUGCUGUACAGAAUGGCAUUGUGGUUGAAAAUUCUACUAUAAUUCACAUGACUCGAGAGCACAUUUAAGGAUUCCUCUGCAUUAUCAAUUUUGCUAUAUCUACCAGUUGUUUUCCACCAGAUACAUCCCAUUCACAAUUCAAAUAAUGGUAGUUGCUCUUUACGUCACCUUAGUAAUGCUUUGCCAGUGCUGAAAGCAAAGUAAAGGGUUCAUUUGAUAGUAUACCGACAUUUUCCAGUUUCUUCUGUUUGUCCAAUACGGUCGUAACCUGUUUUGAUCUAUAGCUUGUGGUUAUCGAGGAGAGAGCUUAACCACAAGCUGAGGUUAAAAACAGCAUGCUAAACCAAACCACUCAGCAUGUCAUGGAAGUAAAAAUUGGACGAGCAAAGUGGCUGCAAGCUUCUCCCUGGGAGCCUGUAAGUUUGUGUGUUGUGAUAGACCAUAGUUUGGCUUACCAUGAUGUGCAAACCAAGCCAUUGUUUGCUGUAUUUGUCCAACUGUAUCAAUCAACCAGUGUACUCAAAAGCAUUUGUAGAAUAACCUGGAUCUGUAAUGAGUACAUCUAACAGCUUUUGUCCCACUGAGACAAGCAGUUACACUUGAGUCCAGCUAAUGCUGGUUGUAGGAAGUACUUUCCAAAUCUGUGGCUUGCUUUAUGCUCCUUCCUGUCUGAUAGUGUUUAAUGAAACUUUGCUAUCGCGGCAAACUUGUGCAAUCUAAAAAGGCAUGCAGUGCACCAUGCUAAGGUAUUAUGAAUGCUGAAAGUAACUGAAAAUAGGAGGUUACGGCAUGGAACAUGCCCACUUGAUCAAAGAGUAGCUCAGAUCAUGUAUGGAAAGAACACAUUGGGGGAAAUUAUGUGAGAAUGACGUUUGAGAUUCAUAGAAUGUUAUGCACUAAAUGUAACCAGAAUAAGAAAGAUAGUUACAAGAUAAUAGAAAUGAUUAAUACACUUGUAAUUUAUGAGCUGGUAGAGUGUUUAGUUUUAAAACUAAAUAAACUUUCACUUCCUUUUUUUAAAUUUCAGGAUAUUUAUGCCACUUUUCAGAGUAAAUAGCCUCACAACUCACAAGCUGUAUGAUAAAAGCAAUUCAAAUACAAAACAGUAUGUGUUUGAGCUUAACUAGCAGCAUAAAAUACAGACUAGUCCAGUUUAACAAUCCAGAUUAAACCAAUUAAAUACUUUAACAGCAGCAACUUACUUUCCUGCCCUAUCUAAACACACGUCAAAAUUGAAAAGCCGGAGUCCAUUUAAAUAGGGAAAGAGCCAAACAUAAAGCUUCUGGGAGGAAUUCCACAGAUACUGUGCCACCAUACAAAAGGUCCUGUCUCUCGUGCCUGCUGAUCUAAUUUGCAAUGAUGACAGGUAGGUUAUCAGGUGCCAAUCAGGUAUAUGACCAACAAUUCCAAUACAUGAAAUUGGGCUCCAAAGUGAACAGGUAACCAAUGAACCAAACACUUUGCCUUGCAAAGCCUUCAGCUGGCUGCAUUCUGUACCAAAGGAAGUGUAUUUAAAGGUAGCCCCACAUAAAGCACAAUACAGUAGUCAUGUUUGGAGGUAAGCUGGGCAUGAGUAUUUGAGGCAAAGUCCUCCUCCUUUUCUAGUUAGAGUCAUAUCCCAAGCUAGUAAAAGGCAUUUGCAGUCACCAGCAUCCACCAAUGGUGCUGAGUCCAGAAGAACUCUGAAGCUGAGUACAGUGGUACCUUGGUAGUCGAAUGGCUUGGCUCUCGAACAAAUUGGCUCCUGAACACCACAAAUCCAGAAGUGAGUGUUCCGGUUUGCGAACGUUUUUCAGAAGCCGAACAUCCGAUGCGACUUCUGAAGCUUCCGAUUGAGUGCAGGAAGCUCCUGCAGCCAAUCAGAAGCCACGCCUUGGUUUUUGAACCGUUUAGGGAGUCGAAUGGACUCCCGGAAUGGAUUAAAUUCGAGAACCAAAGUACCACUGAACUUGAUUUUUCAAAGAGAGUGCAGUCCCAUCCCAUUGCCAACCUCUAGACAAGUUUUCAAAUACUACUGAAGGAGUGUUAAGCUAUAUAUGUUAUAAUGGUUGUGGAAAUACUAUUGGAAGAGUUUGUGCAAUGUUAAAUUGGUAUGUUUGAUAGCAGUUCUUACAGCUCUUAUGUUUUCAAGAGCUUGUAUAAACUAUCCUUCAGGCAGAAAAUCAUAUUUGGAUUUAGUUUCAUUUUCCUCAUACAGUGCUCUGGCAUGAGAUAUAAAAAAGCACUUCCUUGAACAGCAGACACAACCAGUACGUAGAACUGUUGAGCUCAGGAUGCCAAAAUUAUGAGGUCCCAAACCCUUACCCCAAAAUGUGCUUGUGUUCUGUGGGGUUUUCCCAAACGUCUAGCAGAGUAGUGAAAAUCUGGCUCUUCUCACAGUAAUCAAUACUACUAUCAGAUUCUGAGAAUGCUAAAGUGAGCCAUUAAGCUAUUUUUCUUUUAUUACAAAUCCUCCUUUGUAUGUGGAAAACUUAAAUUGAAUAUAUUUUUAAUUUUAGGGACCAGUAGCAAUGAGAGUUGCAAAACUGGCCAUCAAUCAAGGAAUGGAGGUAAGAGAACAUGUUCGUGCCUUCUAUCUCAGUUUAGUUAUUUAAAACAUUUAUUUUACCCAGCUCUUCAGCAAAAAAAAGGCUUCCAGAACAGCUUCCAGAUAAAUAAAAAGCAAGAUGAUCUCUGAUCUCAUGCUUGCAAUAUAGACAUGACACAGAAUGAAAGAGGAAAAAAGCAAACUCUGGAAUCUUAUAGUUAUAUUACUGGGUAAAGUAGAUGUGACAGAAGCCCAAUCUGAUGUUGGUUAAAGCAGAUGUGGGGAAAUUGUUUCAAGUGCAUUAGUGGUAGGGAAGUAUGCCAAACAUUUCCUUUGAAACUGCUUCUCCCAUCAUUUUUCUUUGGCGGGCGUUGCUUAUUGUCUCUGACGUCCAUUGGAAUGGAAGGUUUUGGCACUUCCUCGCUGCCCACCUUCGCAGCAACUUUAAUUCUGACCUGCACACACAUACCCUGGGGAUUGGAGGCAAAUUUUGACAUGCAGCUAUCUUCAGCCUUCAGUUUUAACCAGAGUCCUUUUUGUUGGGGGUAACCCAGACUGAAGUUCCUGGGUGUCAGAAAGGUUAUUUAUGUAUGCAACAACUGUGGCUCAUGUUUUGUUAGCCCCCAAAUGGAAAGUGAGCGAGGUCCCAAAUAAGAGGAUAGGCAACUUAAGUUGACAGAAUAUGCACGACUUGCAGACUUAACAUAUAGAAUAAGAGAGCAAGAAGAAGAUACAUUUAAAGAAGACUGGGAAACGUUUAUUGAAUACAUGGAAAAUAACUAUACAGCUGAAAACGCUGGCAGCACUAAGAUAAAUUCAACAGAGUAAAUAAUUUUUGAUGGCUGUAAAAGUGGAAAACUGAUUUUGAAUGGUUAUAGUAAAAUAUGCAGGGAUGUAUGAUAUGUAAAACGAACCAAGGAAAGAGAAGAAGGGAAGUCAUUGGCUUUUUUAAAGUUUGUAAAAUGUUUAUUUGGAAAUGUAAAAUUGGCAAUUUAAUAAAAACUAUUAUAAAAAAUUAAAAGAAUUAACACCAAGUAGCAGCAUUAUCUUACCUUUCACAGAAAGUAGUUUUUAAUAAAUCUAAAAUAAAGGUACCUAUGAAAAGAACUCUAUUCCAAAGUCUUUUAGGAUAUCAUGUUGCGGUGCAUAAACACACUUUUAUGUGCUCAGCACAGUUAUUUGUAAGAUUUUCUUGAAACCCAAACCCACAAAUUGAUUUCCUAAACUGCUUUUUAAAUAUCCCUGGGUCUAAAUGGAGACAGCUUCUUGCUGCAUUACAUUUCACUGUCUUUCACUUACCUUUGUGCGGUACCUGUUCAUAAACACUGGACUGCUGGGCUCAGGUUUUCAUUAUAUUGUUAUAGUAAGGUUACCAGAGGGAUGCGGGUGGCACUGUGGGUUAAACCACAGAGCCUAGGACUUGCCAAUCAGAAGGUCGGUGGUUCAAAUCCCCGCAACAGGGUGAGCUCCCGUUACUCGGUCCCUGCUCCUGCCAGCCUAGCAGUUCGAAAGCACGUCAAAGUGCAAGUAGAUAAAUAGGUACUGCUCCGGCGGGAAGGUAAACGGCAUUUCCGUGCGCUGCUCUGGUUCGCCAGAAGCGGCUUAGUCAUGCUGGCCACAUGACCCGGAAGUUGUACGCCGGCUCCCUCGGCCAAUAAAGCAAGAUGAGCACCGCAACCCGAGAGUCGGCCACGACUGGACCUAAUGGUCAGGGGUCCCUUUACCUUUAAGGUUACCAGAUUUCUUUCAAUGAAUACGGAGACAUUUAUUGUUACGUACAUGUGAAUGCUAAGAAAGCUGUAAAUCUGGGGACUGUCCCUGGGAAACGGGGACGCCUGGUAACCUUAUUUAUAGAACGGGGGGGGGUCCCCCUAAACUCUAAAAUUAAUAAAUGCUAGGAUUUGGAACUAUUUGUAAUAUGAAGAGAAAAUAUAAGCUGCAAAGGAAUUCCUGGGUAGCCUAGUCAGACUAGGGCUGUUAAGAGAACCAUUGUGAGUCAUUUACAAGACAAGGUGUGACCAGAGACUGGAGAUUUGAAAGGUUAUCAGGGUAACUGCUCUGGCAGAGGGCAAGGGGCUAUUGGGAAGAAGAAGGGAAGAAGGGGGAGAGCCAUCUUGGCGAGGGAGAAGGAAGGACUGCCUGCAAUGUUUUGGGCCAUGUAAGAUCUGGACCCCCUCCAUGCAGACUGAAGGUGUAAAUAUGUGGAUAAAGCCGUAUUUCUUAAAGCGCGACUGUCUCUGUUGUGUCUUCCAUUCUCCAAAGGGACACAGACCCUGUGUGGGUGCCUGAGAUUCCAUGCACUCUUGCCAUGACUUGGACAGCCACUGGGCUUUUCUAAUACAGUUUCUGUUUUUGUAAAAUAAUACUGAAUUUACCAAUUUUACCUCCAAAUUGGAUGUAGUAGACAUAAUGUAGGAUCAUAAAAAUAACCAGGACACAGGAUCAAAUGUUUAGCUUCCACUCAAAUUAGCCAAUUUUCCAUACCCACUUGUGCAAUUUCAACAUAGUAAAAUGCUGAAGGAAAAUAUCACCCUGCAAUGAUGAUCAAAUAUGCCAAAGCCUGGUAUGUGCAAACUCGUAUGUAAACAUGAAAUUUGGACCUAAGAUACUGUAGAAAUGUUUCUCAAGAUAGUUACUUUUGUUACUUUUUUCUGAGAAUUUGUUUCUUAAAUGUCACCAGCAGUGAUUAUGGUGUAAAAAUCUUUUUACUACAUUUCAUGUAUCGGUUUCAUAGGUGGACCUGCUAACCGGUUUAGCAAUUGAGGAAGCUUGUUAUGCUCAGGUAUGUACCUCAAAUUUGUGCAAAAAACACACACCCCAAAAUGAAAAAAAAAUCCACCUGUGUCAAAGAUUGUAAGUAUUUCUCCAUUUCUAAAUGUAAGUAGUCAGUGACUUGCAUUUUCAUUAUCAUAGGCCUAAUAUAAAGUUUACUUUUACCAUUGAUAGUGCUAAUGUUUGUUAAUUCAGAUCUGGAAAUACCUGUCAAGCAUUCAAUAUUUUUGUGAGAAUAAUAGAUACAUUGUUUAUGCAUUAUGCUGAAUGGAUGCAUCACACACUUAGUGUCUCCCUGUUAAAACGAAUGGUAAAUAUUCCCAUAAGUUACUAAAGCUGGGUUGGGCAACAUGGUGCACCUCAAGUGUUGCUGGACACCCUACUUCCCCAGCUAGCAUGGUCACCAGGAUUUUCUGGGCCUAGAAAUUAGAUUGGACCUCUGCUGCAUCCACCAAAUUUGCAUGGACAGUUUUUAUUCUUUCUUGCAGGUGGGGUGGAGGCCAAAAAUAAAUCAAGAGUCACAGACAAGUAACAAGCUGUCUGACAGGGUGUAUGUAGGUGAAACAUUCUGUACUAGAAUAAGAUUAAAAUAGUUGAAUUUCUUUUUGGUCAAAGGCACAAGAGCCCUAUUCUCACACCAUGAAAUUUGAUGCAUUUGGCAGGUUUAAUCUAUUCUGGAGUGCCUGCAAAUUCCACCCACAUCUGUUAGAAGGGGGAAAUGUCAUAGUUGUUUUUUGCUCUCCAUGGUGGGAAACAGAACUUUUAUCUCAAUGAAGAAGGUGCUUCAUAUGUAAAAUAUGACUUGAAUCAGACAGAGCACAGAGCGACUGGGAAUAUAGACUGAGCACAGAGUGACUUAGGCUGCAUUCUAAAGUGACAGGUACAGAUCUGAAUUUUUUGGCCAGAGCGCACCCCUAGAAUAUACAUUCAGGCUUACUUCAGUCAUGAGCUGGAGUUUCUUGGCCAGAGUUCUUCUUUCAUUCCAUAGCAGUCUGGCAUUGUCAUCUUUACCAUGCAUGCAGAUUUACCCCUAAACUGAGCUCAGUAAUGAGGCUAACUUUUGCUUGUACUGGGUUGAGCCAAAAUCAGCUUCUUUUAGGUAAACUCAUUCUGUGUCAAGUCUGGAAAAUUUCACAGUCAUGAAAGUUCUUAACUUUGCAGCAGGUACCAGCUUUAGGAAGCCAUUUCUCGGCCUUCACGCUUAUGGCAAAAUAAGUGUUUGCAUGUUCCUUCUUCAAGAUAAUCUUAGUGUAGAAAGAGCAUAUUGGGAACUGCUCUCAAUGUGCUAGCCCUUCCACUGGUUUAAAUCAGCAAAAGAGUGACUACAGAGAAUUGUGAUUGAUUUAUAACAGCUGCAGGUUUCCUUAGCUUUCUGAAUGCAUAUUAUGAAUUGAACUUGACAGCUCUAGAGGGUGAAGGUGCGUGAAAAUGAGACUUAACUUUAAAUGUGGGCACUGAGAAUGAUUUUUGUUCAUUCUAGACUAUUCCAACAAAAGACAGAAUUGAAGGUCUUCUUGCUUUUAAAGAAAAAAGACCCCCUCGCUACAAGGGAGAAUAGAAAAAACAACAACAGCACAUACGCCUUUAGAAAAACAAAUGAAAUACACAUACUACAGGAAAGACUUUUCAGCUGUGUUUUUUUUGCCUCAGAACCUGGAAUAUCGCAACCAGGAAAGUAAAUGUUAACCACCCAUACUUUGAUCUAUAAUGUAUUCAGAUGCAUAUUUACCCUUAACAAUUUCUCAAAACUUCUGUGUGUAUUUUCGAGGUCAUUGAGUUAUACAGCACUUUAUUCCAUAUAUUUGAAUUGCAUUCCUUAUCAGAUAAAUAUAUUGAAUGCCUAAUGCAGACAAAGCUAAAGAGAACAUCAGAUGUACAAGUCUUCUGCUGUUGAAACAAAAAAAUAAAAUUCUGCGCACCCAAACAUGUGAAAUGGACUGCAUAAAGUUUCUAAAUGAAACUUUCUUUAGACUAAAAAUACCAUGCUUGUUCUCUACUUGAAUGUAUAAAUUAGAGUUAGCUGAAUUGAUGAGGCAAAGCAACUGGGUGAUCAGCUGUUCAUAUAGUCUGUUGGUAUAUGAAAUCCAUUUGGAAACUUUUUUGUGGUGUUGCAUAGUUGUAAAAGGGUGAUUUGCUAUAUUAAUGCCAUUGUGCUAAAGUUCAGCUUUAAUCCAAUUUUAAUAAUAAAAUAGACUGAACUUAGAUUUCCUCUCAGAGCUAUUUGAGUGCAACACGACAUAGGUCAUGAAUUGUGGUAUUUUCACACCUGAUGCCAAAUGGACCUUGGAGCUACUUUUUGGCUAGUAGUGCGCAUGCAUGAGUAUUGUCAAUGUAGAAUAAAGAGCCUCAUAGAAUAAUGUUAAAAUAUUUGUAAGGACUGUCUUAUACAAACACAAAAAUCAUAACCACCAUUAUAGCUUGAUAGUAAACAUGUCUACUCUAAAGUUGUCACCAGAAGGUUUGCUUAAGGCCAUAGCUAAGUGUCAUGUGGAAGCACAUUUCAAUUGAUGUUCUACAUGAAAUAAGCUAAGGGGGAAAUGAAAAUUGUGAAAAGCAGUUCUUUUGCAGCAUUGUAGAAAUCAUUUCUACAUUUGGGCUUCUGUUCAACUAAGUCCUACUCAGAAUAGACCCAUUGCAAAUCAUUAAUCUUUAAACUUAUUCAUGUCCGAUAACUGGUGGGAAGGUUGGCCCAUUUCCUGAGAUAAUCAGGACCCGCACUAUUUGGUAAAUAUGAGAAUUGGACAGUAAUGGCGUAUUCAUUAGAAACACUUCCUUUAAAAAUGUAUAUCAUUAAACCCUAUUUAAUGUUUACAAAUGUAUUCCUUGUCAUCAAAACCCACAGAAACAUUGCUGUGUGCAUUCUCACAUAUGACACGGAAAAGUUCAAAUACAAAAGGGCUGCCAUAUUUGAUCUCUGCUAUUUCCAAAGUGGCUCCGCAUCUGAAAGUAACUGGUGGUGAAACAUAUAUCUACAAAUAUAUAUUAGAAACCUGCUAAAGACCGUCUUAUAAUAAUGUAACACUUAGCACCCUAAAUAGGAAGGUGCCUAAGUUAAAAUAUAUUUAGAACUUAAGGUUCAACGUGGACUGUUUGUAUCUCACUUUGUAAACAAUGCUGCUAAUGCUAAUAAAAAGUCUCAGCUAAUGACAUCCUUUUUAAAAGUUACUCAAUAGCAGCAGGCACAGAACUAGAAAUGCCUGCUCAACAUCUCUUUGGAGCAGGUCAAUUUUGUGUCCUCUCUGAAAAGCUGUAAGAACUAUAUCACUUCAGAUGAGUUGUUCCCUAAUCUUGGGAGCAUGGGGUGUGUGUGCGUAUUUAGAGCAGGGUCUGACUUAGAGACUGUAUAUAGGAACUGGGUUAACAUGGGGAGAAUUUGUUUUCAAAGAAUAUGUGCCCCAGGGCAUUGAAGAUUUCAAGGGGAAUAACUCGCUGCUUGAAUUGAGCCAGGAAGCUAACAGCCAGUGCAGUUGCUGUAGAAUAGGAUGAAUUGUGUUCCUGCCACCCUGUAUCCAACAGGAGCCGUUAGUGGCGUUUUGUGCUAGAUGGACGUACAAGACAAUCCAAGCCACGCAUAAAGUGCAUUACAGUAGAUUGCUCUAAAGGGUAUGAAAGCACAGAUUGGUGCAUCGAAAUCCCUCUCUACAGGAAGGGGUGUAGCCUUCGUAGACAGAUAAUGGCGAUAAAAGCUGCUCCUGAGUAACACCUGCUUCCCAAGGUGGGAAAUACAACCCAUGGGCACUUUAUGCUGCUAAUCUUAUUCAGAACAGUUAAAGAGAACUUGCUCUGGAUUCAGUUUUAUCCUUUUUAACCAGAUCAGUUAAACCACUGCCUCCGAGCAUUGGUUUAAAACUGUUUGGCCGAUACCCAAAGUUGAAUGCUAAGACUUUGGAGUGAGACUACUACUGCCCCCGUUGUGUAAUUCUUACAUUCUAGAAUAAGAUUUAAUUUAUUAAUAUGACUUAUUUCAAGUAUUUCAAAGAAACUUAUCAUGUGGCAUUGUCUGCUGUUAGAGUAACAUGGCAUGCAUGUGGUUACAUUUUAGCUGUAUGGUGGUAAAAGCUGAUCAAUAUGAAAUGCAAGAGCUCAUUAAAAUUAACCUUCAACUAUAUAGCUAUAUGAACAUUGAUUAUAUAUGGUACAGUGGGUUUAUCAUUUUGCUGGCUGAUGAAUCUGCUAGGAAGAUCAUUUCAUGCGUUAUAGUUUUUAAAGUAAAAACUGGAGCAGUUCCUGACAGUUAAACAAAGCUCCUUAUUUUGUUUUGUCUCUAAAAAUUUUGAAAUGCUAUUCUUAAUGUGCAAGUUGUAAUUUAAUAUGAUCCUGCACUCAGUUAUGCACACUUAAGUACAUUCACUUAAGUGGGACUGAGCCUGUCUAAUUGAUGCAGAAAUAAUAUAAAUUCUGUGUGGAAUGUCUCUACUUAUUUCAUCAAGAUUACUGGUAGGAUGUUAAAAUAUUGACUAGAUAAAGUGAAACUUUUGGGCAUUGUCAGAACACUUGUGUUUUUAAUUAUUACUGAUUUUAAUAUAAGGAAAUUAUUUGUCCAUUACAUUUAUUUUUCUCAGGGGAAAUUGCCUUUUUCCGGUACUUAACUACCUCCUGUCCAUUUCUUUGUAUUUGCUUGUUGCCUUUGUUAAUUCUGAUUGUUGCUGAGCAUAAAAAGAUUGUAGUACUUACUGAAACUAGUUUCAGAGGAAAAACCACAUAGAAAAUUCAUAUUAUAUUAAAGGGGAUGAAAUUAUAUCAAAUCACAUUCAUAUUGAUUUAUUAGUAGUAUUGCUAGCAACCUUUUUCAUAAAACUAUGAUUGGAGGAGGUGCUUCUCAUCAUAAGAACACGUUCCCUGCUUUCUUAUUCAGCUACUGGAUUUCAGUGUUUCCAGGUCAUUGUAUUUAUUAAAUUUUAUUUCUGUCUUCUCAUCUUUUGCCUGUGCACAUCAGACAGUAGUAAUUUGUGUAUAUCUCCCUUUAUUUUGGUAUCUCAUUCACCGUGAGUAAUAGGUGUGAUUAGCCUAUUGGCAUGAAAAUCAUGUUUGUAAAUAGUACUUCAGAUCCAGUGAUCCUGUUCUAUGAAUAGAAUGCGCUUGGUACUGAUUCUCUUCUCACACAUUUGCAGACACUGAUCUUGAGACAAUUUCAGAGGUGGAGGUUAAAUGGGAUGGGGGAGAGUGGCAAUUCCUUUGCAGAAACAGAAGUUACUUGUGCUCCUAUAGCUGAAUCUUUGAGUUGAAGCUAUCUCCUUAAAGCAGGCAUGUUUCAACCCUAAAAAAAGCUCAACAACUUCAAUCUUAGAAAAAGUUGAACAACUAUGGGGUAAAAAAAAGCUGAACAAUUUCAAUCCUAAAAAAGGUCAACAACUUUGGUCGGCCCUCAUGGCCCUUCACUUCAUCAAAUCUGGCCCUCUUUGAAAAAUGUUUGGACACCACUGCCUUAAAGUGAAUAUUCCCAUAAUACAUAAUUUUAUAGUGCAUUCUAAAAUCCCCCAUUGAAAUAAAUAGUCUCAAGUAUAAUCUGCACAUGGGUUGUUAACCACUAACUCUUCUUUUUUGCUGUUUAUAAGUUUCAUCAAGUUACAACAUGAAGUCACAGUCUUGUAACCGUUCCCCUUAAUGCAGAUAUUCACAUGUUCUCAGAUCAUUACAGUCAAACUUUGGGUCCCAAACACCUCCGUUAUCGUACGUUUCUGCUCCCGAACGCUGAAAACCCAGAAGUAAGUGUUCCAGUUUUCUAAUGUUUUUUGGAACCCAAACGUCCGACACGGUUUCCACUUGAGUGCAAGAAGUUCUUGCAACCAGUCGGAAGCUGCCCCUCGGUUGCCAGACGUUUCGGAAGCCAAACAGUCUUCCGGAACGGAUUACGUUCGACGACCGAGGUUUGGCUGUAUAUAAUACUUCACCCCACUCACACUUGAUAACAGACACACAAACACACCAGACAGGACAAAAAAGAAGAUGUGGGGGGCUGCACUUUUUUUUUCCAAAUUCCGACCGUGAAAAGUUAAAGUGUGGCUUAAAUCCGUGACCUUACAAAAAGUGGCUUUUACGAUAUCCCUGCUGAAACAGGCAUACGGUAAAACGGAACAAAAAAUGUUUUCUUGCUGAUUUGCGAGCUUGAGACUGUUCAUUUGCCAUUUAUGGGUGAGAGUGCCUGUGGAAUUGUAGCAAUUAAAUAGCGAUUUGCAAUUUUAGCGAUUGUACAGUAACUUUUGUGGGCUUAGAGAUCAAAGGCUUAAAUUGGUUUGGAGUUACAAUUCUACCAACCGCAGCCUGUAACCCAAUUAUAAGGGAGUGGCUUAUAUUCAGGUAUUGUCCUUUUUUCUGUUCCCUCCUUGACUUUUGAAGGUGCAGCUUAUUUGUGGGUCUGGCUUAUAUUCGGGCCAAUACUGUACCUGGUAUAUAUUUUGCAGAAUUGCUGUGAGAUGCUGCAAUUUAAUUGAUUCCUCAUUCCAAGAUCACCUUGAGCCUUUUGGUCAAGGAGACCAUAGUAGUUCCUCCGUACUAAAUUACUCAUGCCCAAUAUCACCUCCUCAGUUAAAUGUUCUCUUUGAUGUACAGAGUAACACCACCUCUUAAUAUGCCCUUCCCUAUUCCCCCCUUUAUAGUUUGUGUCCAGAGAGAACAAUGUCCCACUGGUUGUCUCCAUUCCACCAAGUUUCCAUUACGCCGGCUAACAGAUUGGGGUUGAAUCCUGACAAGACAGAAGCGGGUGGGUGUGGCGGAUUCCCUGGUCCUGAAUGGGGUAACUUUGCCCCUGAAGGACCAGGUGCGCAGCCUGGGAGUCAUUUUGGACUCACAGCUGUCCAUGGAGGCACAGGUUAAUUCUGUGUCCAGGGCAGCUGUCUACCAGCUCCACCUGGUACGCAGGCUAAGACCCUACCUGCCCGCGGACUGUCUCACCAGAGUGGUGCAUGCUCUAGUUAUCUCCCACUUGGACUACUGCAAUGUGCCCUACGUACCUUUGAAGGUGACCCGGAAACUGCAAUUAAUCCAGAAUGCGGCAGCUAGACUGGUGACUGGGAGUGGCCGCCGGGACCACAUAACACCGGUUCUGAGAGAUCUGCAUUGGCUCCCAGUACGUUUCCGAGCACAAUUCAAAGUGUUGGUGCUGACCUUUAAAGCCCUAAACGGCCUCAGUCCUGUAUACCUGAAGGAGCGUCUCCACCCCCAUCGUUCAGCCCGGACACGGAGAUCCAGCGCCAAGGGCCUUCUGGCGGUUCCCUCAUUGCGAGAAGUAAGGUUACAGGGAACCAGACAGAGGGCCUUCUUGGUAGUGGCGCUCACCCUGUGGAACACCCUCCCUUCAGAUGUGAAGGAAAUAAGUAGCUAUCCUAUCUUUAAAAGACAUCUGAAGGCAGCCCUGUUCAAGGAGGUUUUUAAUAUUUAACGCUGUAUUGUUUUUAAUACUUGAUUGGGAGCCGCCCAGAGUGGCUGGGGAAACUCAGCCAGAUGGGCGGGGUACAAUUAAUAAAUUAUUAUUAGUAUUAUUAUUUAUUAUUGGCUUGGAGGCUCAGUGUAUUCAGUUUGCAAUCUAAUCAUAAGUGUGUGUGUCUAUCCAUUCCAAUGGGACAGGUUUAGGUAACCGUGCCUCUGAUUUCAACUCUUCAUAAAAACAAACUAGUACAGUCUUGUGGCAAUAGUCACAGGCUGUAAAGGUAUAUCAACCAAUGAUUCAGAUUUCUGCAUAUUUCUUAGCUUUGUGCAGGUAGCCCACGGCGUGUCUGUGAAUUUGUAGUUAAAGAGUAUUCACAUUGAUUUAAAAUUGCAUUUUUUUAUUCCUUUUGUUCUUUUGUGUUUUGCUGUAUUACAACUCGAAUUCUAUGGAAUUCAAACUAUGACACAAUCAGAUACAAUGUAUAAGACAUAAAAUAACCAAUUAAAAUACAAUUAAAAUCUUACGAC